CACACGGGCCUCGUGCUACCGUGUUGUUCGCUGUGACAAACCUCUUGAAACCUCUUGCUGGUCUGCAAGGCUGCAGGCGCGGAAGAGCAUUCAGAGCUACAUCGCUACGCGUUCAAGGACUCUCUACAUAAAGUAGAAAAGGAACCAAGUGGAAUGCUGCAUACAAUCACGUUCUUGACUCCCUCCAUCGACGUCAUGCACUAGGCUCAGGUUGCUUUCUUCUGUACCAUCAUGUCAGAUAUUCCAAAAGCCGUCUUAUAUUAUUAUAAUGACUCUAUCUGGUCGUGUGCUGUUCUUUUAGCUCUUGAGGAAAAGGGUUAUGGAGAGGAUGAAGUCGUGUUGAAAGUUGUUGACCUUGCCAAAGGUGAAAAUUAUGGACCAAAGUUCUUACGUCUCAACUCCAAAGCUACCGUCCCCACCCUUGUGGUCCCUCUCGACAAAUCACUUUCUGUUGACGUUGAGAGUAGGUACAAGGCGAUUACCGAAACCAAGACGAUCAUUGAAUUUCUCGAUAAAUCGAGAUCCCCUCUAUCGCACACGAACACGACAUCGCAGGCUCCCGCACCAAUCUUGACCCCAGCGACCAUAGAUUUCGCAGCUACCUGCAAACUGUUCAUUGAAGACCUGAUUCAUUCAGAGGACGGCGAUCCCAAUAACCUCCUGUACAUGAACGCCAGAGACGAGGAGUCCCUUCGUACCCUUGCAGACUCGGUUCUACCUCUCAUGAAAGGCAAAGUCCACGCGCUCAAUCAGUGUCUCUCCGAUGCCCAAGCCGGUAAUAUCCGUGCGUCGGAUAAGGUAGUGAAAUUCUGGACAUCCAAGAAAGAAGUGGCGCAAAUGCUUUUGGAGGUGUACGAGAAUGCCAAAGUACCUUCAACUGCAUUGGACGCGAGUGCUCAAGCUCGUCGCGAAGAAUACUUCAAGGCUGCCAAAACCUCAUGGGAGGUGGCGCUGGUGCAUGUGCUCACAAAGUUGAAUGAAAAAAUCAUCGGUCCUUAUACCCUUGGAGAACAAUACUCAAUUGCCGAUCCUCAUUUGACUGCGUGGCUUGCGAGGGUGGUUAUGCUUGCAGGAGGUGGCUCCAGUGAUAACGGAAAUGUUGUGAUUGAGAAACUGGAGAAGCAUAUCGGCAGCAGCUUGGUGCUUCCGAACGUUGUUCCCAGUGAUGCUCCACGGACAGAUGCAGAGCGCUCUCCGGCACGAACUAAGUUGGGUAUCUAUUGGGACACAGUGAAAGAAAGAUCAAGCUGGAAGAAGGUUUACGGACAUGGACUACAUUGAGAUUUGUAUCAAAGCGGUGGAGAUAACUAUUGAUGUAAUUGGUUGAGAGCGGGUAUCGCAUAGUUAUCUGUUGUGUUUCGGGCAGUCGAAACCAAGCAGCAAAGAGAUCCGGAGAACCUGGUACUUGAAGCUUGAAGCUUGAAGCUCGAGUACUUGAGUAUGAAGUCCGGGCUCGGUUCCCAGACAGGACGCGUCUUGUCUGGGUGAUAUGACAUAAGAUUACGUAGUGAACAGCUUUAUUUUUUCGGCA